GAGGGAGGGAGGGAGUCGUUCGGGAGGGGAGCCGUGACAUCCCAACUGUUCUAAUGGCGACCCUUGGUGCCGCUGUCUCCAUCGCUUCGUUGGGGGCGGUAGGCUGGUUGUACUGGUAGUGGUAGUCGUGUACCGGAGCGGAGUACAGCGGAGUACUAGGUCGGUGGUUGUAGCUUUGCGCGUGGGCCGGCCACUCGUGCGUUAGCUUCUUCUCUUUGCGUGCGCCGGGUAGGCGGCGGUUGGUUGGUCGGUUCUCGUGAGGAUCGUGGGGUGGCGGAAGCGGUGUUGUUGCUCCCGCUCUGGUUGAUGAGCAUGGGGCAUUGCUCGGACCAGAGACCGGCGUUCGAGGUGACCAAGGACCGGAACGGCGCCGACCAGGUCGCGAUCCGGUCGCCGCGGGGGGCCUCCGUCCGGGUUAGCCUGCACGGCGGCCAGGUUGUCUCGUGGAGGAACGAGCGCGGCGAGGAGCUCCUCUUCACCAGCAGUAAGGCAAUCUCGAAGCUGCCAAAAGCGACGCGUGGUGGAAUUCCAAUAUGCUUUCCGCAGUUUGGAAACUGUGGAACAUUGGAGCAGCAUGGAUUUGCAAGGAACAGAAUAUGGACCGUAGAUGACAAGGCUCCACCACUAAAUCAUAGUGAUAGCAACAACAAAGCUUCUGUUGACCUUCUGCUAAAGCCAUCUGAAGAUGACCCGAAGUGCUGGCCACACUGUUUCGAAUUACGUCUCAGAGUUUCUCUUUCAAUGGAUGGCGACCUUUCAUUGAUAUCGCGUGUCAGAAAUGUUAACGGGAAGCCAUUCAGUUUCUCAUUUGCUUAUCAUACAUAUCUUUCUGUUUCUGACAUCAGUGAAGUGAGGAUAGAAGGCCUGGAGACCCUUGAUUAUCUUGACAACCUUAGCCAGCGGGAACGUUUUACAGAACAAGGAGAUGCUAUAACAUUUGAAUCAGAGGUCGACCGAGUUUAUGUUGGCUCCCCAGGCGUAAUCGCUGUACUCGAUCAUGAAAAGAAACGUACAUUCAUCGUAAGAAAAGAAGGGCUUCCUGAUAUUGUUGUAUGGAACCCCUGGGAGAAGAAGUCAAAAACUAUGGCGGACUUCGGCGAUGAUGAGUACAAGCAGAUGAUCUGCGUGGACGCGGCCGCGGUCGAGAGAGCCAUCACUCUGAAGCCAGGCGAGGAGUGGACGGGGAAGCUGGAGCUCUCCGCUGUCCCAUCGACCAACUGCAGCGACCAUCUGGAUCACCCGGGCAGGCUGUAGUGCUCCGAGUUCGCCCCCUGACGAAAGGCAUGUACUACUUUUUUCAUGUACAUGGGAUCACUAGGUCCGGUCCUGAACCAUGAUCAGCCAGUUGCUGAGUUUAAAGUUUAUGUUAGAUGCAAAGAUUGUUGUGAUCGACUUCGUUCCUGGAGUGUGAAGGGUA